AAAAUGUUUAGCUACAUCAUAUUGUGAAUAUUGUAUUCGAAAUUAUUUAAAAGGAAAAUUUUCACAUUGGACAUCUGGAAAUGAUGAUAUUGAUAAUUUAAUACAGAAAUGUCAAAUAGAAUCAAUUAUGCCAAAUACUAUAGUUGAAUGGAUUCCAUAUAGUAAUUUACAAAAUAUUAAAUAUCUUACAAAAGGUGGAUUUUCCGAAAUUUAUACUGCAGAUUGGAUUGGUGGAGGAUAUGAUGAAUGGGAUUCUAAAAAACAACAAUUAAGAAGAUUUGGAACUACAGAAAUAGUACUUAAAAAAUUAGAAAAUAUUGAAAGUGCAAAUCAAAGUUGGUUUGAAGAGGCUAAAUCACAUUUAACUAUAAAUAAUAAAUGGGCAGAAAUUGUCCGAUGUUACGGUUUAACACAAGAUACAUCAAAUGGAAAUUACAUGCUUGUAAUGAAGAAAAUGGAUAUGGAUUUAAGAAAAUAUUUACAACAAAAUAAUGAACGACUCACAUGGAAAGAAAGAAUUAGAAUUACUUUUGAAAUAACUAUGGCACUAUAUUUUAUUCAUUUUGAGAAGGCAAUUCAUAGAGAUUUGCACUCCGGAAAUAUACUAUUUUCACAAUAUAGUGAUAGAUGGUUUAUUAGUGAUCUUGGAUUUUGUGGACCUGCUGAUAAAUCAUCAAAAAGUAUAUAUGGAAAUCUUCCUUACAUAGCACCUGAAGUUAUUAAUGGAAAAGGAUAUACUUUUAAAUCUGAUAUUUAUAGUGUUGCAAUACUUAUGUGGGAAAUUUCAUCUGGAUAUUCACCAUUUAUUGAUUAUAAUCAUGAUGAUUAUAAUCUUGCAAUGGAUAUAAUUAAUGGUAUGAGACCGGAAAUUAUGUCAUAUAUUCCUUUAGAAUAUAAAAAUUUAAUGGUACAAUGUUGGGAUGCUGAUCCAUUAAAAAGACCUGAUGUUCUAACUCUUUGUAAUAAAAUAAGAGAAAUUCAUCUAUCAUAUCAGAAUAUGCCAGAUGAACUUUUCCAGUCAAAAGGAGUAAAUAAUUUUGAAAUAAAAACUAGUACAAAUUAUAUAAGCAGCAGAUUAUUUACGAGCAAAGUUCAUCAAUUUGAAAAUUUACCCGAACCAAAAAAUGCAACAGAAGGUAUUAUUUAUUAA